UACGACUAGCGGCCAUUUUACAAAGUAUUGGAAGUUUUAGAGCCGUGUUACACUGGAUUUAUUGUGUAUUUAUAUGGACAUACGUCGGUUUAGGAAUUAAUAUACAUACUUUGGUCCUUCAUUGGGCUGCUGAAGCUGGCAUUUGUAUUUUUGUCCCAAUGCCAGUGUAGGGGAGAGAAACGUGACAAUGUCGACUCGGGACGUUCAGAAUUUCGAGUCUGGCAGGAUUAAUGCCCUGCGAGAUGAACGAGUCUACAUACAAAAGAAAACUUUUACAAAAUGGGCGAAUGCUUUCUUGGAAAAGGCACGUCUGGAGAUCCACGACCUGUUCAAGGACCUGGCGGACGGCAAGAUUCUCAUGAAGCUGUUGGAGAUUAUCUCCGGGGAGAACCUGGGCAAGCCUAACAAGGGAAUCCUCCGUGUACAGAAGGCGGAGAACAUCAACAGAUGCCUCACUUUCCUCAGGACUAAGGUGUAUUUUGAGAACAUUGGAGCUGAGGACAUCAUGGACGGAAACUCACGUCUCAUUCUGGGCCUCAUCUGGACCAUCAUUCUGCGCUUCCAGAUCCAGGAGAUCGAGAUUGAAGUGGAUGAGGAUGAUGAAAGCAGUGAGAAAAGGUCGGCUAAGGAUGCCUUGUUACUCUGGUGCCAGAGGAAAACUGCCGGAUAUCCGGGCGUUCACAUCACCAACUUUACAAAGAGCUGGAGGGAUGGACUGGGCUUCAACGCCCUCAUACAUGCACACAGACCGGACUUGAUCAAAUAUGAGCAGCUGGUGCCGACAGAACACAUUGGCAAUCUCAACAAUGCCUUUGAUGUCGCUCGAAAUGAUUUGGGGAUUGCCAAGAUCCUUGAUGCUGAAGAUGUUGACAUAGAGCGUCCAGAUGAGAAGAGUAUCAUCACAUAUGUGGCCUCGUACUACCAUUACUUUGCCAAGAUGAAGAGUGAAAUGACUGGUGGGAAAAGAAUUGCAAAGAUUGUUGGCUCCAUGCUGGAGCUGGAGCGUAUGGUUGACGACUACGAGUCUCUGACCUCAACCCUGCUGGAGUGGAUCAAGGCCAAGGUCAUUCGACUUAACAACAGACAGUUCCCUAACUCCCUUGUCGGCAUACAGGAGGAACUCAUCAACUUCAAGGAGUACAGAACUGUGGAAAAACCUCCCAAGUUACAUGAUAAGGGAAACAUAGAAGCCACUUUCUUCAAUAUCCAGGCACGAUUGAAAGCUAAUGGCCAGAAGACGUACCAGCCCUCAGAGGGCUUCCUAAUCCAUGACAUUGAGAGCGCAUGGGGUCGUCUAGAGAAGGCAGAACACGGGCGGGAGACGGCACUGCGAGAUGAGCUGAUACGACAAGAAAGGCUAGAACAGCUCGCUCAGAGAUUUCGGAGAAAGGCUGAGAUUCGUGAGUCGUGGUUGAUGGACAUGAGCCAGAUUCUUGAGGAGAAGAUGGUGUGUAACAGUGCCGCUCAGGCGGAGGCUGCGAUCAAGAAACACGAAGCCAUCAGCGCUGAAAUACUUGCUAGGAAAGACAGAUACAAGGCCCUGAACACACUGGCAGUAGAGCUUGUACAGGGGAAUUAUCACGAGAAGGAAGCCGUACAGAAAAAGGAUGACUACAUCCGUCAGAAGUGGGAAGAGUUGCUGGCCCGGCUAGAGCAAAGAAAGGCUACACUGGCGGGGUUUAACAACCUCAUGUCCAUGUUUAGAGAGAUUGAGACCAUACAUGAUGAACUCAAGGAGGUCGAGAACAAAGUGUCUGUAGAUGCGGAGGGCAAGCACCUGCAGGCUGUGGAGGACUUCCUGCACCAGCACCUGCUCCAGGAAGCGCAGCUCCACACGCUUGCCAAGCGUGUCCGCCAGCUGAACCGGCGAUCCAAGCAGUACAGUGACCCAAACCAACAAGAGAUGAAGAUGCUUGAGAAACGACUGGACGACCUCAAUGCUGAACUUGAGAGAGUGAAAAACAUGAGCAGUCAACGCAAACGUAAGCUUGAAGAAGCAAAGCGUUACUACCAGUUCCAGCAGGACGCUGAGGAAGAGGAGAGAUGGGCCGCUGAGAAAAUUGCCUUUGUUAAACAGACGGACAUCGGGAAAGACCUCAAUGCUGCAUGUGUGUUACUGAAGAGGCAUGAGCAAGUUGAGGCGGAGAUGUCAGGUCGGUUCCCAGUGUGUGAGAGCGUGUGUGGGGUGGGGCAGGACCUUGUGAACCAGAACCACCCUGACCGAGCAGGAAUCGGAUCUCGUAUCCGGGCCCUUAUGGACUGCUGGAAGCAGCUACAGGACCUUGCCAAGACUCGCAGGAUCAAGCUAGAGGAUGCCAUAGAGGCCCACCAGUACUACACUGAUGCAAAUGAAGCUGAGUCUUGGAUGAAAGAGAAGAUGCCGCUGGUCACGUCCGAUGACUAUGGUAAAGACGAGGCAAGUGCACAAGCCUUGCUGAACAGACACAACAGACUGGAGGGCGAGAUCAAGGCUUUUGGCAGUGAGAUUAAAAGGCUUGAUGAGCUAACUCAACUCAUGACCAAGGCUGCCACGGAGCAUAAUAUUAACCUGGAGAAGUUUCAACAGCCAACGGAGAAUGGGGAUGUGUCAGAUGAGGAUGAUUAUGACGAGACUGUGGUGGAGCGACCAGAGGAGGUUGAGGUUGAGGAAGUGCGGGAAGUCGAGGUGAUGCAGGAGGUCGUAGAGACACGAAAGAUACCACAGGUCCAUGCCAUGUACAAUUACCGUGGCCAGGGAAUAAACAUAGACAAGGGAGAGGUAAUGCUUCUGGUCCAGAAGACAAACAAUGACUGGUGGCAGAUCCGGAAAUCAAACGGCACGGAGGGCUUUGUUCCGGCUAACUAUGUGAAAGACCACGAGCCCAAGGUUGUCCAGAAGAUCGUGAAGAAGCCUGUGAAGAUUCCAGAGAAGGUGAAGGUGAUGAAAACUGUGAUGAAGAAGGAGGUGGUCAAGUCAAAGCCCCAGCGCUCAACCAGCGCCCUGCGAAGGGCUCCUUCAGUGCGUUCAAAGAGUAACCUUCACUUUGACAAGGACAAUGUGGAAUCCCGCCAGAGGUCCCUCACUGUCACCUUCAACAAGCUCGUCAAACUUGCUCAGGCCAGACACAUCAGCCUGGAGGAGGCUGCAAAGCUGUUCAAGUUUUACCGUGAAUGUGACGAGUUUGAGACCUGGAUGAUGGAGAAGGAGCUGAUCCUCACCAGCAAAGAGACCCUAUCUGACAACAUGGAUGCGGUGAGGAAGAAGUUUGAGCAACUGUUGACAAACAUAGCAGCAAACAGCGGGCGUGUUGUGGAGGUCAACAAACUGGCGGAUGACAUUCUCAAGCGAGGAACCAGUCAGAAAGAUCAGGUCCGCAAACGCAAGAAAGAGAUCAAUGACAGAUGGGAGAGGCUAAAUAAGAUGAAGAUGGAGAAGGAGAAGAACCUCCAGGGAGCCUCCAGUAUUGAGCUGUUCCAACAGACAUGUGAUGAACUUGUUGAGUGGAUCAAGGAGAAGGACAAUGUAUUGUCUGCUACCGACGACCUUGGCAAGGAUCUCAAGGCCAAUCAGGCUCUCCAGCGUAAACAUGCUAACUUGGAGAGAGAGCUGGUUCCUGUAGAAGAGAAGAUGAAGAGAAUGGACUAUCUUGCUGGAUCUGUGAAGUCAAGUUACCCUGAGGAAUCUGGCUAUGUGGACAAGCGGAAGACAGAGCUGGACAAGAUGUGGAAGGACCUCAUGGACAAGGCUGCAGACAGAAAGAAGAAGCUACAGGACCAGGCUGAGAGACUCCAGUUUGAAGACCAGGCUAAGGAGCUGCUUGGCUGGUCGGCUGGUACGAAGGCGAAGCUGAAAAACGCAGAGCUGCCUCGGGAUGUACAGACAGCGGAAAUACUGCUCAACGAACACAAGGACUUGGCUGAUGACAUCGAGGCUCACAGGCCAAAGUUUGAAAAGACACAGGUCCUGGGUAAUGCUGUCCUGGAGCAAACACCUAAUGCUCAGGAUGUGAAGGAUAAGAUGAAGAGGCUAGGAGAUGAUGGUCGACUUAUUGAUGAUCUGUACAAGAAACGACUCAAAGACCUGCAAGAUGCAUAUGAUUUGGCAGUGUUCAAUAAGGAAGCUGACAACAUUGACUCUGUGACAGGAAAUCACGAGAAAUUCCUGGCGUUGAAUGACCUUGGGUCUGAUGUUGGUGGUGUUGAAGCCCUGUACAAGCGCCACGAGGACUUGGAGAGCACCUUGCAGGCUCAGGAUGAGAAACUCAAGGGCCUCAAUGAUCUCGCUGACAAACUCAUCGCGGACGGUCACCCAGAUAAGGACAAUAUUGAUGCACGUCGUAACGAGGUGUUGGCAAGGAGACAGAAGAUUAAGGACCUGGCGGCAGAGCGACACAACGCCCUGCUGGGAUCACAGGUCUUCCAGGAGUUCAAGCGAGAUGCUGCAGAGUUGUCCCAGUGGAUGAAGGAGAAAUACAAGACGGCGACAGACGAGUCAUACCGCGAUCUUGCAAACCUCAAGGAAAAGCUAAAGAAACACGAGGCCUUCGAACUCGAACUCAAGGCCAACAACUUACGGCUCAACAACCUGAACAAGCAAGGGGAAGCCCUGAUAGCCGAGGAGCACCCUGCAGAGCCAGAGAUCAAGAAGACUCUCCGGGAUGUUAACACACAGUGGAAAGACUUGUAUGAGAAGUCAAUGGACAAGGGGAAUAAGCUUCGCCAGGCUUCCCAGCAACACACACUCAACAAGGCUCUGACAGAUGCACAGGAUAAGCUGGAUGAGAUGGAGAAGUCUGUGGCCAACCCGGACGUGGGGUCUGACCUUCGUGGCGUAAAGGACCUUAUGAAGAAGCACCAUGGGCUGGAGAAUGACCUCCUGACCUUGGACGACCAGAUCAACACCAUUGUGUCCCAGGGGCAGGCCAUGGCAGAUGCUGGCCACUUUGACAGAGCUGGAAUCCUCAAGGCUGUUGACCAGUUCAAUAAAAGGUUUGAGAGGUUGAAGCCCCAGGUAGCGGACCGGAAGACUCGACUGGUAGAUUCCCUGCACUUCCACCAGCUGAGGUUCGAUGUGGAUGAAGAGCUGCAGUGGAUCAAGGAACGCCUGCCUGCGGCCUCGGCCACAGACUUCGGGAAGUCUCUCACAGACGCCCAAAACCUUCAGAAAAAACAACAGAAGCUAGACCUGGAGAUCCAGGGCCACCAGCCAAUCAUCGACAAGGUUCAAGGUCGCGGGGACAAGUUGAUGGAGGAGCGUCAUGUGAACGCCAAGCAGAUCAAGGACAAACUGCAGGAGCUCCAGGUCUCCUGGGAUGACCUUCUCAAUAAGGCCAAGGUCAGGAAGAAGAACCUUGACCUCUCCGUGCAGAUACAGAGGUACCUGUCAGAGGUAAAUGAGAUAGAAAACUGGAUAAAUGACAAGAUGGCGCUGGCUUCGUCCACCGACUAUGGCAAGGAUGAAAAUGCCGCGGACAAACUUCUUGCGAAGAACAAGGUGUUGGAGACGGACAUACAGACAUACCAGGGCAUUGUUAAUGGGGUGGACCGUGAAUGUAAACGACUCUUCAAAACUGGCUGUCAGGACCCUGGAUCUCUGAAAAAAGCUCAGGACAAUUUACAAGAACACUUGAACAAACUAAAGAGAUUAGCAGCAGAGCGAACAAAUAACCUUGAACAGUCUAAGUGGAUGCAUGCCUACUUGCGGGAGUCGGGCGACUUUGAGGACUGGAUAAAUGAGCAGAUGCAGACAGCACAGUCAGAGGAGUAUGGACAAGAUCAUGAGCACCUGCUCAUCCUCCGGAACAAGUUUGAUGAUUUCAAGCGACAGGUGGACUCUAACCAGGAGCGGUUCAGCCGUUGUGAGCGGAUGUCUAAGUGGCUGCUGGAGGAUCGGGGGCCGUAUGCGAGCCAGGUGCUAGAGAGACAGGACCAGCUCGGACAAGCCUGGAACCAGCUGUGUGAAGCCAUAGAGGCCCGCGAUCAGAAACUGUUCGGGGCUGGUGAGAUUCAUAGAUUCAACAGGGACGUCGAGGAUGCCCUCACAAGAAUACAGGAAAAAUACCAGAGUAUCCCAGAUGACCUGGGCAGGGACAUCAGUGACACACAGACCUACCUCAAGAAACAUGAGGGAUUUGAGAAUGAGCUUAUUGCCCUAGAAGCUCAGAUCCAGGUGUUGAGCGAUGAUUCUACUCGUCUCCAGGAGACGUACCCCGGUGAGAACGCUGAGCAGAUUGAGCACUUGCAGGCCACUGUGGACGAGAACUGGGGCAUCCUCAAUGAGCGCGCCCAUCAGAGAAAGGGUGAGCUCCAGGCGGCUGAGGACCUCCACAGAUUUAAUUCUGAUGUGCGAGACCUUUUGAGCUGGGCUAAUGAGAUUGAGCGCGAGAUGACCUCAGAGAAACCUGUACGAGAUGUAAACAGCGUUGACAGGCUACGAGCCAGGCAUGAGGAACUCCGUGCUGAAAUUGAGACCCGCCAGGACACCUUCAACACUGUUAUCAGAACUGGCAAGAACAUGGUCGAGAAUGAUCACUAUGCCAAGGAGGAGAUUUCGGAAAAGGUAUCUAAUGUGGAGGAGGUUCAAGAUCGCCUGAACAAGACCUGGGAGGACCGGCGGGAAGUCCACGAUCAGCUGUAUGACUUCCACAUCUUCCUGCGUGAUGCUCAACAACUCGACAAUACAUUUUCUUCACAGGAGGCAUACUUGGGAAGUACAGAUUUUGGGUCGACGGAGGACCAGGUGGAAGCCCUGAUCAGGAAACACGAGGCCUUUGAUAAUGUGCUCGCCGUACAGGAGGAGAAGCUGGAAGCAGUGAAGGAGCAUGGCCAACAGCUGAUGGCGGCCAAACAUUUUGAGGCCCCAAAAGUUGAACAGACCCUUAACAAUGUGGUAACAAGACACGAUCAGGUGAAAGACCAGAGUGGCCAGAGAAAGCAGAACCUGGCUGACUCCCUGCUUUACGCUCAGUUCAACAGAGAUGUUGUUGAGGCUGAGGGCUGGAUCGAUGACAAGCUCAAGGUCGCAUGCGAGGACAACUUCAAGGAGGUGUCCGACUUGCAGGGCAAGAUGAAGAAACUACAGAAGCACCAGGCAUUCGAGGCCGAGAUUGUGGCCAACACUGACCGCAUUGACAAGAUCAAACAGCUUGGUGAGAACCUCGUACAGAAGCGUCACAUGGCAUCAGAUGACAUCCGCCAGGUGGUCAAGCGGCUCAUGGGCAAGUGGAAAGAGCUGCUCCAGGCCUCCGAGGACCGUGGUAAGGGCCUUGGCGAGGUCAAGGACAUUCUAGAGUUUAACGAACAAGUGGACAAGGUCCAGGACUGGAUCAGAGAAAAGGAGGCGUUGAUCCAUGCAGGAGAUCUGGGUCGGGACUAUGAACACUGUAUCGAGUUGCAGAAGAAGGCCAACGAUCACGAGUCCGCUGGUAUCACAGUGGAUGAGAAGCGUAUCGCAGCCAUCAACGCCCUUGCUGUCAAACUCAUCAAGCAGGGACGGACAGACACCAGCGCUGUCGAGGAGAAAAGAGACAGCAUGAACAAGAAGUGGCGAGACUUGCAGGGAGCUCUUGACACGUACAAACAAAACCUGGCAGCUGCACUAGAGGUACACUCAUUCAACCGUGAUGUUGAUGACAUUGAUGACCGCAUCAAUGAGAAGUCUGUUCUGCUUUCGUCAGACGAGUUAGGGAAAGACCUAGAGGCUGUAGAGGCCCUACAGAGACAACAGGAAGCCAUCGAAAGAGACAUGACUGCCCUCCAGAACCAGCUAGAGAAAAUUGAGUCCCUGUCAAGCAAGCUAUGUAAGAAGUACCCGGAGCGAGCAGGUGACAUCAUGGUUAAGCAGAACGAGGCUCAGGAUAACUGGGAGAGACUGGAGGAGCUCGGCGAUGCUCGGAAAACACGCCUCGCUGCAUCGUACCAGCUCCAGAAGUUCCUCUCAGAUGCACGUGAACUGAUCUCCUGGUCAGAUGACAUGGUUGCCCGGAUAAUGUCAGGAGAGCUUGGUAAAGAUGUGGCAGAGGCGGAAACACAACUCCAGUUACAUGCUGAACGGAAGGCUGAAAUCGAUGGCCGGACCUCACACUUUGCCACGGUUAGAGACCAUGGAGAAAAACUUGUCAAGGAAGAUCACUAUGCCAAGGAAGAGAUAGAGAACAUGCAAAAACAACUGGAGGGGUCGCGGAAGAACCUUGGCUCAACCUGGGAAAAACGGCAGCACCUGCUCAACCAAUGCCUGGACCUGCGUACGUUCCAGGAUAAGGCAGACCUUGCUGAGGCUUGGCUUGCCAGCAAGGAAGCUUUCCUCACCAAUGAAGACCUUGGGGACUCCCUGUAUAGUGUUGAGGCCCUGCUAAAGAACCAUGAGAGGUUUGAACGGCUGAUGGAACAGCAGGUGGAGCCUGUGGAUGACAUCAAGGCCCGUGCAGCGAACCUGGAGUCCCAGCAGCACUACGCCCAUGAUGAAAUUGCUGCCCGCAGACAGGCUGUGGAGGACAGACACACCGCCCUCCUACAGUCAUCAGAGGCCCGGCGGAACAAACUUGGAGACUCUAACAACUAUCAGCUCUUCCUCAGGAACAUUUAUGAGGUGUCAAGUUGGAUCACAGAAAAGCUACAGAUUGCCCUGGAUGAAUCAUAUCGAGACCCAACAAACCUGCAGGCCAAGAUCCAGAAGCACCAGGCAUUUGAGGCUGAGGUGAUGGCCAAUAGGAACCGUGUAGACGCUGUCAUCACUGAAGGCCAGGAACUCGCUGAUAGUGACCACUACCAGUUGGAGGACAUUAAGCGUCGCAUGGAGGAUUUGGAGACCAACUGGGAUGCCCUGCUGGCAGCAAGUGAGACAAAGCGGGACAAAUUAAAGGACGCGUAUGAGGCCCUGCAGUUUAACCGUAUCGUAGAUGACCUGCUGACCUGGAUGGAUGAGGUUGAGAAUCAGCUUGAGUCUGAGGACCAUGGCAAGGACCUUGCAUCUGUCAAGAAUCUACUAAAGAAACAUCAGCUGUUAGAGGUUGAUAUUCAGACACACCAGGAGAAGGUGAGUGACGUCGAGGAGGCUGCUGCUGCCUUCAAGGAGGCCAAGCACUUCAUGAACAAGGACCUACAGGCACGUGCCAAGGAGGUGGCUGACCGCUACGUCUCCCUCCACGAGCCUGCUAACAUCCGCAAAGACAACCUGAUGGAGGCUCUCUCCAUGUAUCAGUUCUACCGUGAUGUCGAGGAUGAGCUUGCAUGGAUUCAAGACCGGAAACCUGUUGCUGAGUCCACAGACCUCGGCACCUCCCUUGUCAGUGUACAAAGCCUCAUGAAGAAGCAUCAAGCCCUUGAGGCGGAAAUAGUUGCUCAUGAACCUCUCAUUGAUCGAGUGGCUGGUGCCGCUAAGGCAAUGAUUAAAAGCAAACAUUUUGCAUCUGGUGACAUUGAAAAGAGACUGGAUGAGUUAAAAUCAGAACUGCAACAGCUGAAAGAAGCAUCGUCUGUGCGUAGGAUUAAGUUGCAGGAUGCUCUAGAAUCUCAGAAGUUUUACACGGAGAUUGCUGAAGCAGAGGUGUGGAUGAAGGAGAAAGAGCCAGCACUGACGUCACCAGACCUCGGGAAAGAUGAGGACAGCGUUCAGGUCCUCCAGAAACGCCUUGAUGCCCUUGAACGUGACAUUGACAAUUUCCAGAACAACAUCACAGAACUAGCCACAUUGAGCAAAACACUCAUAGGCAAGGGACACUUUGACUCAGAGAAUAUCAAGACACAACAGGCCAACAUAGAGGGCAAGUAUGGUGAGCUGCAGGAGAUGACGGUCAAAAGACGUCGCCUGCUCAUAGAGAGUAUUCACAUGUACGAGUUUUAUCGGGAGGUGGAGGAGGUAUCGGCCUGGAUUACAGACAUGGGAGUGAUUGCAGCGUCAGAGGACUAUGGACAGGACCUGGAACAUGUUGAGAUUCUGCAGCAAAAGUUUGAUGACUUCAAGCAUGAGCUGAUGUCCAGUGAGGACCGUGUGACAAGUUUGUACACCAAGGCAACGGAGAUGGUGGAGAGCGGCCAUUUUGAGGCUGACCAGAUUAAACAGCGGCAUGGGGAGCUCGAGCAGAUGUGGAACGAACUUCUGGAGGUUACGAAUGCCAGACAGGAGGCCCUACAAGCAGCCAAGAUUGUUCACAUCUAUGGUCGUGAUGCCGAUGACACACUGGAGUGGAUCCAGGAGAAGGAGGGCGUGGUCUCCCGGGAGGACUACGGACAUGACCUGGAGAGUGCACAGACCCUUGUCUCCAAACAUGAAGUCAUGGAGCGUGACCUAGCAGCCAUCAGUGAGCAGGUGGAGACAAUAACAAAGGAAGCAGAGCGUCUGAUUGGUCAGUUCCCAGAUGCCCAGGAGCACAUUGCCGCCAAACAUGAAGAGAUGGUGCAGUCCUGGAAUACCCUUGUAGAGAAGGCUUCACUCCGCAAAGAGAAACUCAACCAGGCUGAACAACUCCAGCUAUAUUUCAAUGCAUAUAGAGAGCUCACUGCCUGGAUCAGUGAGAUGAUGGCUGUGAUCACAGCACUAGAGUAUCCCCGUGACCUGCAGGCAGCAGAGGCCAGCUCAGCCCGCUGGAAGGAACACAAAGCGGAGGUGGACAGUCGCAAGGACGCCAUUGCUGCAUUCCUACAGACGGGACAGGCCAUGAUCAAUGACAAACACUUCCUGAGUGAUGAGAUCCAGAGCAAGGUAGCAGACUUGAAGGCCAACUGGCACCUGCUCCUGGCUACCCUGGAACAGACACGCAUCCUCUGUGAACAGAAUCUAGAGGCCCAGCAACUGAAGAACGAGAUGGAGCAGCUGGAGGGCUGGAUGUCGGUGCGUGAUGCACAGGUCACUGACCGUAACUAUGGUGACACCAUCACCAUGGUAGAGGAGUUACUAAGACGACAGAACGACUUUGAGAAGACUGUAGAGGCACAGACAGACAAGUUUAGUGCUAUCACCAGGGCAACACAGCUGGAGAAGGCGGUGUUGAACAAGCGGGCGGCCCAGGUGGAGGCAGAUGCGGCACGCCGCGAGAAGGACCGCUUUGAGGACAUGCGACGCAAGGAACAGAACCGUAUCAUGGAGUCGGCCACCCCGCCUGAGCGUCGUCGGGAGAAGGAGAUGUUAAAGGCACAGGAGAUUCUUGCCCGCCGGCAGAAGUCAUGUGAAGGUUCUGACAGCGAAGAAGAGGCAAGAGAUGAGAGGCGUCCAGUCGGUCGCUCAAGCAGCACAAAGGAAGAAAAGGCUGGGGGAAAAGCAGUACGCCGGGCAUUUAGCUUCAAAACCCGGGGUGACACAGAGCUGCAGCCGGUUCCCGUCCUCCAGAAGGCUAAGGAAUUUCGACAGGCGGAGGGUGUUGUCACCCCACCCCCCAUGUCUGAUGAGCCAGUCCCUGACCUGCCCUCGGCCCCUCCCCCGGAAAUUGCGAAGGAAGCUCACCUCUCAAAGAAAGAAGCAAUAUCUCCACCAGUUAGCCCUAGGCAGAAACAUUUAGAACAUGUAAAAGGUGAUGAUAAGAAAAAGAGAACUCCCAGUUUCAAUUUACGUAGAAGAACUCGUAGUUUUAAAGACAAGCAUAGAUUACCCGACAACCUUCCCCCGCCGGAGAUGGAGGGGAACCUGGACAGAAAGCAGGAGCUGCAGAGUGGCAGGAAGAAGGCAACCAUACGAUCCUGGAAAAACUACUAUGCCGUCUUGUUUGGCCAGCUUCUCUGCUUCUUCAAGGAUAAGGAAGGUUACCUGGAGAAGUUUGCAGCAGCCCCGCCUGUGAACAUCCACCAGGCUCACUGUGAGGUUGCUGCUGACUACACAAAAAAGAAGAACGUUCUCCGACUGCAUCUCCAUGACGGUGCAGAGUUCCUGCUCGAGGCCCCGAGCAGUAAUGAGAUGAAUGAGUGGCUCGCCAACAUCAACAAGUUUGCCGUGGAGUCAGCCAUGUUUCCUGACAUAGAGUAUUCCCAUAAUGAGGAGGAGGAGGAGAGAGACAUGCCCCCUCAGGUUGAUAGUCAGUUACACCCAGAGACAGAGCGUUCUCCCUCCCCCCCAGGCCGGGGCCGCAGUAUCUCCCCCACGGUGGGAAUGCGGGUAGAGCCAAUCCCUGAGAAUGCGCCUGCCACUCAGACACCCCAAAGGUGGUCAGCCCCACCCCCAGCCUCCACCCCAGGGAGGUCAGCGACCCUACCACCCACAGCCUCACCCCGGGGUCAGGAGCAGGUUACCCGUACAGAUAGCCUAAAGGACAGGCAUGUUAAAAAUGGAGAGCCAGGCAGCCCGCAGGAGAAUGAUAUGGUGAAUUACUCUGCUGAGCCCAAGAAGCGUCAACAUGGGUCCCCGAGGAGUCAGCAGCCCCGCCCUCUAUCAGAGCCAGUCCCGCCCCCAGGGUCGGGCCAAGACGAGCAUGAGGACAAGGACAAAAAGAAGAAGGGCGUGUUCAGCUUCCUGAAGAAAAAGAAAGAUAAAGAUCAUCAUGAUGGGGAUCAUCAUGACAAACACAGGGACUCAACCAAGAAACACAAGAAAGAAAAAUAGCAGAGCUACUUACAUAACCAUUAAUUAAAGAAUUACUUGUUGGAGGUCAUUAGGAGUUACCUUAUUAACCGUUACUAUAAAGGACCGAAUAUGGGCAACCACCAGUUUUCAUUCCAAAGAGUGGUGGCAAUGAGCACAAUUAUCUCUAACAUAUGUCCUAUUGUUGAUGAUGAAUGUUAUAAAGAAUUAUGGCAAAUUAAUUUUGGCAACAUAUAUGAAAGUAGGGCUGUGUGUGAAAACAGGAUUCAAAGAUAUUUGGACAAACCACAUUUGUUGAUUCAAAGAUAUUGGACUAUCCACAUCUGUUGAUUCAAAGAUAUUGGACUGCCCACAUUUGUUGAUUCAAAGAUAUUGGACUAUCCUCAUUUGUUGAUUCAAAGAUAUUGGACUAUCCACAUCAGUUGAUUCAAAGAUAAUGGACUAUCCACAUUUGUUGAUUCAAAGAUAUUGGACUAUCCACAUCUGUUGAUUCAAAGAUAUUGGACCAUCCAUAUUUAUUUUGAGGUAUGGUACUGUUAAGAAUACAGCAUGAAUAGAAUGAAGUUGCUUUUAUGGGGAAUUGACAGGUUUCCAUAUUAUAUUACCAGUACAUAAUCAGUUAUGACUAACCUUCCUAAAUUAUUAUAUGUUGAAAUAGAUUUUAUAAUUUAUUUAUAUAUAGUUAAUAGUUUAAUAUUGAUAGUCUAUAUUUUGCACCCAUGACACAACUACAAUGCUAGUUUUUUUUCAGACAGUAACAGUUACUUAUGUAAUUCAGAUCCUUUCAUAGAAUAACUUGCAAGACUAUAUUUUCUGCAGAAAAAUCUAAAAAACUUACUGAAAUUUUAGUCUUAUGUGUGGUUGGCUUGUAUAUACAAAUCACAUUUUGUUUGCACAAAUGAUUUUGUACAUACUAGUAUAAUGUGUAGUUAUCUAUAAGAGAGAAACUAGGUUUUUUUAUUACCAUAAUUUUAUAAUAAAGUGAAGUGUGUUCAAAAAUAGAAAAUAAAGUUAGAUAGCUCAUAGUACUAGAGAUUGUUUCAAUAUGACGAUUUGUGCCAAGUAUUCAGUACAUAUUUGUGUAGAGUUGUAUAAUGUUUAGUAUUUAUUCAUUACAAAUUGAAUGUCCCCUUGUCCCUACGCAGUACGCUUAUUGGCAUACAUCACAUGAGACAGUUACAAGUAUUGUGUUGUUAUUUGUGUAUUAUAGCUAUAUCAGUGUGUUAUAGACAAGGCACCAUAUAUACCUGUGGUUUGUGUGUUUGUUAGAAUCCGUACUAAUGGUCCAUGUAAGGGAUUGUGUUUAUUUUACAUUUGUUGAUGUUAUUGACUGGUUUAUGUUAUUGACUGGUUUACGUUAGUGACUGGUUGAUGUUAUUGACUGGUCGGUGUUAUUGACUGGUUGAUGUUAUUUACUGGUCGGUGUUAUUGACUGGUUGAUGUUUUUGACUGGUUUGUACCUCCUAUAUCUUUACAAAUAUAUGCAAGCUUUUCCAUAUCACAGCUGCUUUCCUAGUGCUUGUGGGUUUAAUACAGAACAAAAUGUAUACAUUGAAGUGCUUUCGUUUUUGUAAACAAAUGUUUCGAAACUGUUAUUAAGAACUGUUCAAUAUAUGUUUUGCUUAGCUUAUUAGGGUAAAUGAAAUUAAAUAUGGAGGCUUUGUAGUUUAUGUUAUGCAUUAUUUAGUAUGUCUUGUACAGGACACAAAAUGACACAAAUCCAGAACAAAAGGCAGUCUUAAUCAAGAGUUAAUUGUAGCUGUGUAAUUUAUAACCCUCUCCAUAUUGAUUUCAUAGAUGUUGUUUCCAACUCAAUACUAAAUUGUUUUCAAACAUUCCGGACAAAACCAAAUUGUCUUUCAAAUUCUUUAAAUGAUAAGGUUAGCAUUCAAAAAUCAUGUGGUCCAUAUUUUUAUACAGUGUGUUUAAUUUCAGAGCUAUUUUGGCAUUUUACAUAUUAUAUACAUUCAUGAACAGUUUCAUUCCUAUGCAUCGUUUGAUGAUCACAUACUUAUGUUGUUGUCUUUAUAAUGAAUAUAUCGUAUGCAAUAAACAUAUUUUUUAUA